GAAUACAUGCUACUGCACGCACACGAAGGCCAAGACAAGCAAAGACAGAUAAAGAGACAAUCUAAACGUUGCCAUAUUAGCGUUUUGCCGUAUUGUUGGGGGGAAAUUUGCAAAACCAGUUUGACUCUGAGAGGCUGACAGGAUGCAGUGGGCAGGCAGUGCGGUUUCCCUUCUGGUCUUAGGGUUGGCCUGGACGUUGCAAGCGUCCCCUGUUCACCACAAACCCCUUAACCUCACACAGGAGAACUUUGAUCUGGGCAGGUUCAUGGGGAAGUGGUAUGAGGUAGCAGUGGUUUCUUCUUGUCCUCACUACACGCGCCGAAAGAGUGCAGACCCCGUCAUUGUUGCACUGGACCUGCAACAUGUCACCUCUGAGGGAAACUUCACAAUGACGGCCACCAGUUUCAGGAAUGGCACGUGUAAGAAGACGUCCACAGAUUACGGUUUGACCAGCACUCCAGGACGAUUCUUCCACCAUGUUGCAAGGUUCGGAGCAGAUGUUGAUUCCUUCGUGGUUCAUACCAACUACAGCGAGUAUGCAAUGAUGCUCCUGCAUGGUAUAGAGAAACCAUCAGGGAUUGAAUCCAUCACAGUCAAGCUUUACAGUCGAACUAUGAAUGUAACGGCUGCCGUGCUGGAUGACUUCAAAACACUCGUCAGAGAACACGGAAUGACCAGCGACGCUAUCAUCAUGAAUCAGAACAAAGGAUCAUGUGGAAUAACUGAGGAGGAGGAUUAGCACACAAACUGUCACCACGCUGUCAUGUUGUCACACCAUUAAUGCACUGAGUGUGAAAAACACGUUCCUCAAUAGAUAAAAAACACUGUUAUGUUUUGUUGGCAGACUCACUGUGGUAUUUCGAAAGACUUUGUAUGUCAAAAUUAAUGUGUAAUGUCAGGGAUUUGCAAAUAAAGUCAUUCAGUGUUUA